GAGCUGGUCCGUCAGGCAGGAGGCGGGGCAGGUGCGGUGGCGGAAGUGCCGGACGCGACUGGAGCUGAGCCGUCUAGGAAGCCGCGGCCGUGGGUCCCCCAGCCCGGAGCAGCUGUCGAGCCUCAGCCUGACCGCAGCAACUAGGGCUCGGGCGCCGGCGAGAUGCCUCUGUUCACCUCCAACCAUUUCGAGCAAGAUGUGGAAAAGGCCACAAAUGAGUACAACACUACAGAAGAUUGGAGUCUUAUUAUGGACAUAUGUGACAAAGUUGGAAGCACUCCUAAUGGAGCAAAAGAUUGCCUAAAAGCCAUAAUGAAAAGGGUAAAUCAUAAGGUUCCUCAUGUUGCUCUGCAGGCGUUAACUCUUCUUGGGGCUUGUGUGGCAAACUGUGGAAAGAUAUUUCAUUUAGAAGUAUGUUCCCGUGAUUUUGCAACAGAAGUACGUGCUGUGAUAAAAAAUAAGGCUCAUCCUAAAGUAUGUGAAAAACUGAAAUCUUUAAUGGUGGAGUGGUCAGAAGAAUUUCAGAAGGACCCUCAGUUUAGUCUGAUAUCUGCAACUAUUAAAUCUAUGAAAGAAGAAGGAAUUACUUUUCCUUCAGCAGGUUCUCAGACUGUCUCAGUUGCUGCCAAGAAUGGUACGUCAUCAAACAAAAACAAAGAAGAUGAAGAUAUAGCUAAAGCUAUUGAAUUAUCAUUGCAAGAGCAGAAGCAGCAGCACACAGAAACAAAGCCCUUAUAUCCAUCUGCAGAAACUCAGUCAGAUAAUAAAGUUGCCAGGAAAGUGAGAGCUUUAUAUGAUUUUGAAGCUGUUGAGGACAAUGAACUCACCUUUAAACAUGGUGAAAUUAUUAUUGUUUUGGAUGACAGUGAUGCCAAUUGGUGGAAAGGAGAAAAUCACAGAGGAAUAGGACUCUUCCCAUCUAAUUUUGUAACAACUAAUUUAAACAUAGAACCUGAGGCAGCAGCUGUGGACAAAUUGAAUGUAAUUGAUGAUGAGGAGGAGGAAAUUAAGAAAUCAGAGCCUGAGCCUGUUUAUAUAGAUGAGGAUAAGAUGGAUAGAGCCCUGCAGGUACUGCAGAGUAUAGAUCCAACAGAUUCAAAACCAGACUCCCAAGACCUCUUGGACUUAGAAGAUAUCUGCCAACGGAUGGGUCCAAUGAUAGAUGAAAAACUUGAAGAGAUCGAUAGGAAGCAUUCAGAAUUGUCUGAAUUGAAUGUAAAAGUCUUGGAAGCUCUGGAACUAUAUAACAAGUUGAUGAAUGAAGCACCAGUAUAUUCAGUCUAUUCAAAGAUUCAUCAUCCAGCACAUUACCCACCUUCAUCAGCUGGAGUUCCAAUGCAGGACAGUGCCUGGCGUGUCAGAAGUUCUACAGAUGAGACAUAUCCAGUUCAGCCACAUGGUGCAAACUAUAUGGGUCAAAGUAUUCACCAAGUCACUGUUGCCCAAAGCUACAGCCUCGGACCAGAUCAAAUUGGUCCACUGAGAUCGCUGCCUCCAAAUGUGAAUUCCUCAGUGACAACACAGCCUGCCCCAACUCCGUAUUUAAGCACUGGACAAGACACUAUUUCCAAUCCUACUUAUAUGAAUCAGAACUCUCACCUUCAAUCAGCUACUGGUGCAGCUGCUUACACGCAGCAAAUGGGGAUGUCUGUGGAUCUGUCAUCUCACCAGAGCACUACUUCCAGUUUGCCGCGGUCGGCAGGCUUUGCCGUGGCAGCUCCAGCUCAUUCAGUUGCACAGCAGCAAACAGAUUACCCUCAACAGCAGCCUCUCCUUUAAAAACAAACCAAGCAUUUUCUAGAAAGCCUUCCUAAGUGUACUACUCGACCCUUGUGAUUGUAAUCUGAAAAUAUUAAAAGAAAAAAAUUUUUGCUCAGCUCAAAAGGCCCAUGAAUAAAUAAAGCACA